UUGGUGGCGGCUGAGGGGGGUGCUGAUGUCUUAGGGGAGAGUAAGAUAGCUGAGUAGGACAGACGAGGGUAUUAUUCAGCUGGUAUAUCUAUCAUAGGACUCAUAUCUUGACUCCUGACAGCAUAAGCCGUACACGAGUACUUUCAAUAGACACACACACGCACACCUACAUAUACAUACACACACAUACAAAAAAGAAGAGAAUAAGAUGAGCCCAAUUCACAAAAUCGGCCUCCUUCUCUACCCCAACGCCGACCUCCUCGACUUCACGGGCCCCCUAGAAGUCUUCUCGCACGCCCUGCACAACCACAACCCGGACAACCCAGACCGCAUCUUCAGCACCACCACGCUAGCCCGCGCGCAGAGCAUCCCCGUGGGGAAAGACUCUCUAACCGUGACAGCAGAUGUGGUUCUCAGCAACACCAGCGAGGAGGCUAUCAGCCAGCUACUGGCCCGUCUGGACUUCGAUAUUCUGAUGGUGCCGGGGGCGCCGCCGGCUGUUGUUACGGGGGUGAUUGAGGAGGCGGAGGGGGUGGAGAAGCGGGUGGUUAGGGCUUUUGUGGGGUUGGACGGGGGACGGGGACAGGGACGGGGGCAAGGGGGGAGAGCUCGAGAGCGGAUCUUGUUCUCGGUGUGUACGGGGGCGGUGGUGCUUGGGGCGGCGGGGGUGUUGGGGGGGAUGAGGGUUACGACGCAUUAUGGGCGGUGGGGUGGUUGGAUGAUAUCUGUGGGAAUAAAGAAGGGGGGAAGGUGGAAGUGGUGGAGGGGAAGAGGUUCGUGGAUGGGGGGUUGCUACAGUAUGGAAGGGGUGAUGGUGGUGGUGAGGUGAGGUUGAUUACUUCUGCGGCAAUUAGUAGUGGGAUUGAUGCGGCGUUGCUGGUGGUGAGUUUGGUGGUGGGCAGGGAGAUGGCAGAGUUUGUGGUGCGGGUGAUGCAGUAUGAUUGGAGGGAGUAAUCUUUUCUUCUUUCCUUCGUAUGAACUAGUUGUUACUACUCUUGUUUCUAUUAUUCUAUUUCAGAUUGAUUAAUGAUCAUCCUAUACGGAGUAGACUAACCCUGACUAAGAAUGGUCUAUAACAAGGUCAUCUGACUGACGAUCCGCAUGACUAAGGCGAGUACGUACUCCUGUGGAGACAAUCCUGU